AUUUUCUGUGUUGCAUUGCGGGAUUCCAUGAGACGAUGAGGAUCAUGAUGAUGGAUGGUAGAUUACUUACGGAAGGAAGAUCAAAAAUCUACUGAGCAAAGAGAAUGUGCGCUGGAAGUAUGACGGAGAGAGAGAGAAAGAAAGGAACCCAGCAGCUGCUCUUCCUCCUCAGGGCAUUUAUUAUGUGGAAAGUAGUUAACUACUCCACAUUAAUAGCCAUCCCAUCAAUCUCCAUUUCUGCGGAUCGGUCCGCUCCGACCAAGAUUUCCUUCUUUACUGAUGGACUUGAACUACAUAUCUACAUAGUGACUUCAAAGCCGAUACGAGGACAGAAGAACGUGGAGAAAUCGAAUAUCGGAAUCCUGAUAUUCUUCUCUUUAGAAAGUACAGUAGUAUUACAACUAGUAAUAAACAUUCUAUAUAGUUAAUACUCAUUCCCUUCUACUAGUAGUAAGAGAUCAGUAAGGGAUA